GACUUUUUGAGUACUCCGUGACAAAACGAGGGCGCGCGCCCUGCAAAUUAACUUCGUUAUGACAUCAUGCUUGCCACAGAGCCGCAGUAUAAGAAUCUCCCCGCAAACCACUGCACCCACACUCCACAACAUUCUCCUGAACCCUUUUUUUUAAUCUACCUAGCGCAAGCGCAAGCAUUGACAGUUCACUCGAUUGAAGAUAGUACCUCUUUCCCACUCCAAGAGGACCCUCCACAAUCUCGCAAUCCCUACCCGUUUAAUCCAGCGAUUUACACCGCAUCGCCAAAAUGUCCUACAACUCCUCCUCCACCUCCUACUUCGAGUCCUCUUCCUCGCACUCCUCCUCGACCACUUCCAACGACCAGAACCAACCGCCCCAAACCCACGAAUCCGGAUACCGAUCCGCCUUUGCCUCGCACACCGACCCGGAAGGUAACACCACCGUCCGCACGGGCCAUCAGAACCUAGGCGAGGAGCCCGUCCUCAAAGAGAAGCGCUUCAGUACUUCGGGCCGGGAGCGCGAGAUGAUGUUGGCGGCUGGUACCCCGAUGGGCGGCGUCAGUCGCCUCCAGGAUCUGAACGAGUCGACGGGGGAUACCUAUUAGGUGUUUAUUCCACCGUCAAGCCAUGCCAAACAUGUUCCUGGGGGAUGUAUCUAUGAGGUGGUGGUAAUACUUGGUCUAAUGUAACGUGGAAGAAUGCCUUGGUCGGCACUACUGGUAGUGACUGAUCUAAACUUGAUGAAUAUACGAUUUUCUAUGGCUGGGAAUUAUCGACACUGGGUGUUCUUGUUUCACGUCAGUUUCAGGUUGCAAUUCUUUUAUUUGUCGGUAGUAAUCUUGAUGAGAUAGAGGUAGAUAUCUGUCUGUCUCUCAAUUCAUUGAAGUGCCGACUGCAUCUUAUGCUUUGAAUACAUGACUUUCCUUUGCAUUGCUAUUGACUUCUCUCCUGCAGACAUGGGCACUUGAGACAAUCUGCGUCCUGGCUAGUGGUAGGUUGUCUUCUAGGACCACUCACUCAUCUGAUAACCUAUGAGCAGUAUAUAUACACUUUAGCUUUAUCACUUAA